ACCCGGGAGCACCGCGGGAAGAAGGAGGCAUGGCUUCGGUGUUCAUGUGUGGAGUGGAGGACCUGCUGUUCAGCGGCAGCCGCUUCGUGUGGAACUUGACCGUGUCCACGCUGCGGAGAUGGUACACGGAGAGGCUGCGGGCUUGCCACCAGGUGCUGCGGACGUGGUGCGGACUGCGGGACGUGUACCAGAUGACAGAAGGCAGGCACUGCCAGGUGCACCUCCUGGAUGAUAGGAGACUGGAGCUGCUGGUUCAGCCCAAACUGUUAGCAAGAGAGUUGCUGGACCUCGUGGCUUCACACUUCAACUUGAAAGAAAAGGAGUAUUUUGGAAUAACGUUUGUAGAUGACACAGGUCAGCAGAACUGGCUACAGUUAGAUCACCGAGUCCUUGACCAUGAUUUGCCCAAGAAACCAGGACCAACUAUUUUGCACUUUGCCGUGAGGUUUUACAUCGAGAGCAUAUCAUUUUUAAAGGAUAAGAACACUGUGGAGCUAUUUUUCCUGAAUGCGAAGGCCUGUGUGCACAAGGGUCAAAUCGAAGUAGACAGUGAAACCGUCUUCAAAUUGGCAGCACUCGUUUUACAGGAAGCCAAGGGGGAUUAUACCAGUGAUGAAAAUGCCAGGAAAGAUUUGAAGACCCUGCCAGCCUUCCCAACCAAAACCCUUCAGGAGCACCCAUCCCUUGCUUACUGUGAAGACAGAGUAAUUGAGCAUUAUUUGAAAAUCAAAGGUCUGACUCGGGGUCAUGCUGUGGUUCAGUACAUGAAAAUAGUAGAAGCUCUGCCGACUUACGGAGUACAUUAUUACGCAGUAAAGGAUAAACAAGGACUUCCUUGGUGGCUUGGAAUCAGCUAUAAAGGAAUAGGUCAAUAUGAUAUACAAGAUAAAGUGAAGCCUCGGAAAUUAUUCCAAUGGAAACAGCUGGAGAAUUUAUAUUUCCGUGAGAAAAAAUUUGCAGUUGAAGUUCACGAUCCACGAAGGAUUUCAGUGUCAAGAAGAACCUUUGGGCAAAGUGGUCUCUUUGUACAAACGUGGUAUGCGAACUCUUCGCUCAUCAAGUCCAUCUGGGUAAUGGCAAUUAGUCAACAUCAGUUUUACUUAGACCGGAAGCAAAGCAAAGCAAAAAUUCCUUCUGCCAGGAGUUUAGACGAUAUUGCAAUGGAUUUGACAGAGACAGGAACACAAAGGGUCUCCAAACUGGUGACAUUGGAGGCAAAAAGUCAGUUCAUCAUGGCAAGCAAUGGCAGUUUAAUCUCCUCAGGUUCUCAAGACUCAGAAGUUAGUGAGGAACAGAAGAGAGAGAAAAUCCUCGAACUCAAGAAGAAGGAAAAGCUGUUGCAGGAAAAACUCCUGAAAAAAGUCGAGGAGCUUAAGAAGAUUUGUUUGCGGGAGGCUGAGAUCACUGGCAAAAUGCCAAAGGGGUAUCCACUGAACAUAGGCGAGAAGCCUCCUCAGGUAAGAAGGCGUAGGGCCUGCGUACAAGCUGUAGGGACUGCGUUCAAGUUAGAUGACAGCUCGCUGCCUAGCGAAGAGGAUCCUGCCCUGCAAGACCUGGAAAGCAAUUUCCUAAUACAGCAAAAGCUGGUUGAAGCUGCAAAGAAACUUGCCAGUGAGCCAGACCUUUGUAAAACCGUGAAGAAGAAACGAAAGCAAGAUUACACCGAUGCAGUGAAAAAGCUUCAAGAGAUUGAAAACGCCAUCAACGAAUACCGAAUUAGAUGUGGAAAGAAACCCAGUCAGAAGGUGACCGUUAACUUACCAGAAGACAUAAUCCCAUCAGAGAGUAGCUCUCUCUCUGACACUCCCACCUAUGAUGAUUCCAAUGAUGCCUUCACUCUUGCUGGACAGAGAUCAAGUUCAGUACCUCAUUCGCCAAGAAUUCUUCCCCCCAAGUCUCUUGGUAUUGAGAGAAUCCAUUUCAGAAAGUCGUCCAUCAAUGAGCAGUUUGUGGACACCAGACAGUCCAGGGAAAUGCUGUCGACACACAGCAGCCCUUACAGAACUCUGGAGAGGCGGCCUCAGGGAGGACGAAGCAUGCCCACCACGCCGGUUCUCACCCGGAACGCCUACAGCAGCAGCCACUUGGAGCCUGAAUCUUCAUCUCAGCACUGCCGUCAGCGGAGUGGAAGCCUGGAGUCCCAGUCCCACCUGCUCUCCGAGAUGGACAAUGAAAAGCCAUUUUUCUCCCUCUCCAAAUCCCAAAGAAGCAGCAGCACCGAAAUCCUGGAUGACGGAUCUUCCUACACCAGUCAGUCAAGCACAGAGUAUUACUGUGUGACGCCAGUGGCCAGCCCCUAUUACACCACCCAGACUCUGGACACACGCGCCAGGGGUCGGAGAAGGUCCAAGAAGCAGAAUGGUUCUACUUCCAAUUCAGGAAGCAUGCCCAACCUAGCACAGAAGGACAGUGUGAGGAAUGGCGUCUAUGCCAAGAGCCAGGAGCCACCUUCUUCCAGUUACUAUAUCAGCGGGUACACGCCGUACACAGAGUGCGAGCUCUACUACAGUGGUGGCUACGUGUACGAGAAUGACACCGAGGGACAGUACAGUGUCAAUCCUUCCUACCGGUCUUCAGCCCACUAUGGAUAUGACCGCCAAAGGGACUACAGCAGAUCCUUCCACGAAGACGAGGUGGACCGGGUGCCCCAUAACCCAUAUGCAACCCUGCGGCUGCCCAGAAAGGCUGCCGCAAAAUCCGAGCACAUCACCAAAAACAUCCACAAGGCCUUAGUCGCCGAGCACUUGCGUGGCUGGUACCAGCGGGCCUCUGGACAAAAAGAUCAGGUGCACAGCCCACAGACGAGCUUUGACUCGGACCGGGGAUCACAGAGAUGCCUGGGGUUUGCUGGGCUGCAGGUACCCUGUUCGCCCAGCAGUCGUGCAUCCUCCUACUCUUCAGUGUCUUCUACAAAUGCUUCUGGGAACUGGAGGACCCAGUUAACCAUAGGGCUAUCUGAAUACGAGACUCCAGCACAUUCUUCUUACACCAGCUGCUAUGGCAAUGUCUAUAAUCCUUUGCCCUCUCCAGGCAGACAGUACACAGAGGCCAGUCAACUGGACAGUACAGACGGAAGCCGGUUGGAAGACAACCUGGACAGUGGUGAGCAGACGCUCUUUUGGCAUGAGGAUUCCAAGCCUGGAACAUUAGUCUGAACUGCAGUUGAACCUCUUGACCCAGCACUGCGUUCUCACACUAGUGUGCCUUGCAAAUACACUCGUCUUCCCAGAAGGCCUUUGGCUUUAGAAACCCAGAGACAUCAGAGGUUGAAGAGAAGCCUGGACGUUGCCCUGGAAGUAAAUCCCACAUUAAGAUCUACAGAGCCCUGAGUGAGGACUUGCCUUUCACACUCCAGGCGCCCUCCCAGCAGUGAGGUCUGGCCCCAUGUAGAACCAUUGCCAAGAGAGGACUCCGUCUGAAGCCUGCAUCCAUGGCAAGCACUUUUUAAGGGAAUACAAGUUGUCGAAGGUAAACCUCCGAACUGUGAAGGUGCAUUCAGGUGUCCCAUGAGGAAAGAAGGACAGGGGAGCGUUCGCAGCACAAUGUGGAAUGGUGAGAGGAGGGAAACCAGAAGCUCCUGAGUCACUGCUCACCAUCACGUGGUUUGAAUGUGUGCGCCAACAGAGAAUAACAUGCUAUUUGUACACGGACAUGAUCAACGUAGACAGUAUUGGAAAAUUACUUGAAGAGAACUGGGAUUUUCAUGAAUAUCUGAAUGAGUGUCAAUG